AUGGGGAAGGAGCAGGAGCUGGUGCAGGCGGUGAAGGCGGAGGACGUGGGGACCGCGCAGAGGCUGCUGCAGAGGCCGCGGCCCGGGAAGGCCAAACUCCUGGGCUCCACCAAGAAGAUCAAUGUCAACUUCCAGGACCCAGAUGGCUUCUCUGCCCUACACCACGCGGCACUGAAUGGCAACACAGAAUUGAUCACCCUGCUGCUGGAGGCUCAGGCUGCCGUGGACAUCAAGGACAACAAAGGCAUGCGGCCAUUGCACUAUGCAGCCUGGCAGGGCCGGAAGGAGCCCAUGAAGCUGGUACUGAAGGCAGGCUCGGCGGUGAACGUCCCAUCCGACGAGGGCCACAUCCCCCUGCACCUGGCAGCCCAGCACGGUCACUAUGAUGUGUCGGAGAUGCUGCUCCAGCACCAGUCCAACCCAUGCAUGGUGGACAACUCGGGGAAGACGCCCCUGGACCUGGCCUGCGAGUUUGGCCGUGUUGGGGUGGUCCAGCUGCUCCUGAGCAGCAACAUGUGUGCGGCGUUGCUGGAGCCCCGGCCGGGGGAUGCCACUGACCCCAAUGGUACCAGUCCCCUGCACCUGGCAGCCAAGAAUGGCCACAUUGACAUCAUCAGGCUCCUCCUCCAAGCUGGCAUUGACAUUAACCGCCAGACCAAGUCUGGCACUGCCCUGCACGAGGCUGCGCUCUGCGGGAAGACGGAAGUGGUUCGGCUGCUGCUGGAUAGCGGGAUCAAUGCCCACGUGAGGAACACCUACAGCCAGACGGCCCUAGACAUCGUGCACCAGUUCACCACAUCCCAGGCCAGCAAGGAGAUCAAACAGCUGCUGCGAGAGGCCUCGGCAGCCCUGCAGGUCCGGGCGACCAAAGAUUAUUGCAACAAUUAUGACCUGACCAGCCUCAACGUGAAGGCCGGGGACAUCAUCACAGUCCUUGAGCAGCAUCCAGAUGGCCGGUGGAAGGGCUGUAUCCAUGACAACCGGACAGGCAAUGACCGGGUGGGCUACUUCCCUUCCUCACUGGGUGAGGCCAUUGUCAAGCGAGCAGGUUCCCGAGCAGGCACAGAACCAAGCCCACCCCAGGGAGGCAGCUCGUCGGGGCCCUCUGCACCCCCAGAGGAGAUCUGGGUGCUGAGGAAGCCUUUUGCAGGUGGGGACCGCAGUGGCAGCUUGAGCAGUGUGGCUGGCGGCAGGAGCAGUGGGGGCCAUGCCCUGCAUGCAGGCUCUGAAGGAGUCAAGCUCCUGGCAACGGUGCUUUCCCAGAAGUCCGUCUCUGAGUCCAGCCCAGGGGAAAGCCCUGUGAAGCCUCCGGAGGGCUCUGCAGGCACUGCCCGGUCCCAGCCUCCAGUGGCACACACCGGGCAGGUCUAUGGGGAGCAGCCGCCCAAGAAGCUGGAGCCGGCCUCGGAGGGCAAGAGCGCUGAGGCCGUCAGCCAGUGGCUCUCCACGUUCCAGCUACAGCUCUACGCCUCCAACUUCAUCAGUGCCGGAUACGACCUGCCCACCAUCAGCCGCAUGACCCCCGAGGACCUCACGGCCAUUGGUGUCACUAAGCCAGGCCACCGGAAGAAGAUCACAGCAGAGAUCAGUGGCCUGAACCUCCCUGACUGGCUGCCUGAGCACAAACCCGCUAACCUGGCCAUGUGGCUGUCCAUGAUCGGCCUGGCCCAGUACUACAAGGUGCUGGUGGACAACGGCUAUGAAAACAUCGACUUCAUUACCGACAUCACCUGGGAGGACCUGCAGGAGAUCGGCAUCACCAAGCUGGGACACCAAAAAAAGCUGAUGCUGGCAGUGAGAAAACUAGCAGAAUUGCAAAAGGCAGAAUAUGCCAAGUAUGAGGGGGGACCCCUGCGCCGGAAGGCUCCCCAGUCGCUGGAAGUGGUGGCCAUCGAGUCACCACCCCCACCUGAGCCUGCUCCUGCCACCUGCCAGUCCCCCAAGAUGACCACGUUCCAGGACAGCGAGCUCAGUGACGAGCUGCAGGCAGCCAUGACCGGCCCAGCUGAGGGGGGUGCUGCUGCCACCGCCGAGAAGCCCUCCAACCACCUGCCACCCACCCCGAGGGCUAUCGUGCGGCAGGAGCCCAGCCUGGGUGGACGGGCACGGCACAUGAGCAGCUCUCAGGAGCUGCUGGGUGACGGGCCACCUAGGCCUGGCAGCCCCAUGUCAAGAAGCCAGGAGUACCUGCUAGAUGAGGGGCCGUCCCCCGGAACUCCUCCCAAGGAGGCCCGGCCUGGCCGCCAUAGUCACAGUGUCAAGAGGGCCAGUGUGCCCCCGGUGCCUGGCAAGCCACGGCAGAUCCUCCCACCAGGUGCCAGCCACCUCACACCCCCCCAGACACCCACCAAAGCCCAGCCAGGCUCCCCCCAGGUCCCUGGGGGACCUCAUGGUUCAGCCCCAGCCACCGCCAAGGUGAAGCCCACUCCACAGCUGCUGCCACCGACGGAGCGACCCAUGUCACCCCGCUCCCUGCCUCAGUCACCCACACACCGAGGCUUUGCCUACGUGCUGCCCCAGCCUGUGGAAGGCGAGGCAGGGCCAGCUGCUCCAGGGCCUGCGCCUCCGCCCAUGGUGGCAGCUGUGCCCACGCUCUGCCUGCCCCCUGAGGCUGAUGCAGAGCCAGGGCGGCCCAAGAAGCGUGCCCACAGCCUGAAUCGCUAUGCAGCAUCUGACAGUGAGCCCGAGCGGGAUGAGCUGCUGGUGCCCACCGCUGCAGGGCCUUAUGCCACGGUCCAGCGGCGUGUGGGCCGCAGUCACUCGGUGAGGGCACCCACCAGUGCCGACAAGAACGUCAACCGCAGCCAGUCCUUUGCCGUGCGGCCCCGCAAGAAGGGGCCCCCACCACCCCCACCAAAGCGGUCCAGCUCAGCAAUGGCCAGCGCCAACCUGGCUGAUGAGCCAGUGCUGGAUGCUGAGACUGAGGAUGGCCGGCUGGGGGUCCGGGCACAGCGCCGGCGGGCUAGCGACCUGGCAGGCAGCGUGGACACAGGCAGCGCUGGCAGCGUGAAGAGCAUUGCAGCCAUGCUCGAGCUGUCGUCCAUUGGGGGUGGGGGCCGGGCUGCCCGCAGGCCUCCCGAGGGCCACCCCAUGCCUCACCCUGCCAGUCCAGAGCCAGGCCGGGUGGCCACAGUGCUGGCCUCAGUAAAGCACAAAGAGGCCAUCGGGCCUGAUGGUGAGGUGGUGAACCGGCGCCGCACACUCAGUGGGCCCGUCACUGGACUUCUGGCCACUGCCCGCCGGGGGCCUGGGGAGCCAGCAGAUCAAGGCCUUCCUGUGGAGGACAGCACUGUCCGGCAGCGACCCCGAGGCCCAGCCAAGGGUGAGGUGAAUGUUGAGGGUCCACCCCUGGCCAGGGUGGAGGCCAGUGCCACGCUCAAGAGGCGCAUCCGGGCCAAGCAGAACCAGCAGGAGAAUGUCAAGUUCAUCCUGACUGAGUCUGACACAGUCAAGCGCCGGCCCAAGGCCAAGGAACGAGAGGCUGGGCUGGAGCCACCUCCGCCACUGUCCGUGUACCAGAAUGGCACAAGCACUGUGCGCCGCCGACCAGCCUCGGAGCAGGCCGGGCCCCCUGAGCUGCCCCCACCACCCCCGCCCGCCGAACCCCUGCCCACUGACCAGGUGCACCUGCCCCCCCUGCCCCCACCCGAUGGCGAUGCCCGGAAGCCAGCCAAGCCACCCAUCUCUCCCAAGCCUGUCCUGGCUCAGCCCAUGCCCAAGAUCCAAGGCUCACCAACACCUGCCUCCAAGAAGGUGCCGCUGCCAGGCCCGGGCAGCCCAGAGGUGAAGCGCGCCCACGGCACGCCGCCGCCCGUGUCGCCCAAGCCGCCGCCGCCGCCCACGGCACCCAAGCCGGCCAAGGCCGCGGCGGGACUGCCGCCGGGCAGCCCCGGCCCGUCGCCCGAGCCCUCGCCGGCGCGCCAGCCGCCCGCCGCCCUCACCAAGCCAGCCAGCACGCCGCCCUCGCUGAGCGCCAGCCCCGCCAAGCCCCAGUCCCCCGGCGCGCCCGCGCUGCACGUGCCCGCCAAGCCCCCACGCGCCGCCGCCGCCGCCGCCGCCGGGCCCUCCGCUGCGCCCGAGGGCGCCUCGCCUGGGGACAGCGCCCGGCAGAAACUGGAGGAGACGAGUGCGUGCCUGGCCGCGGCGCUGCAGGCGGUGGAGGAAAAGAUCCGCCAGGAGGACGGGCAGAGCCCGAGCCCCGCGGCCGCUGAGAAGAGCACCGGCAGUAUCCUGGACGACAUUGGCAGUAUGUUCGACGACCUGGCCGACCAGCUGGACGCCAUGCUGGAGUGA